GACUUCUGUACUGUAUACGAAGAAAUGACAUUACAGCCUACCAGAUUGCAAAUUUCUCGCAGUUAAAGGGGACAUGAAACCUAAAAUUGCACCAUAGACACGUGACUUUCUUCACCGACCCUGGUGCUAACCCCCAGAACUGAACUAUGCAUGAUUAGGCAAUACGAAUAAUUAUUUCGACCUGGAUUGCAGCUUAUUGGGCUUUGGAGCCGUAGCUGUUUGUAUCACCGCUAACUUGUUCUUUUGGAGAACAUCUGAGGUCACCUGAAGAUGACAAGUGCUCUAAACAAAGUUAUUUCAGAACUCACUCCGUCAUCUACUGAAAAUGAUGCCAAAGAAACUUAUGAUGCUUGGGCUGCAACUUAUGAAAAGGAUACAGAUGAACAUGGUUACAAAGGACAUGUCCUGUGUAUGGAAGCUUUCAACAAAGCCAUGCAGUCUGAAGGGGUCUUCCCUGGUGCAAACAAGAACAUAAAGAUUCUUGAUGCUGGGGCUGGUACUGGAAUCAUUGGUGAGAUGCUGGUUAAACAAGGCUACACAAAUGUCGAUGCCUUGGAUAUUUCACAGAAAAUGUUAGAUAUUGCCAUAAAGAAGAAUGUGUACAAGCGAUUCAUCUGUGCACCUUUGAGUGAUGUCCGCAUAGAGCAGAUACAGACUGCUGAAUAUGAUGUGACAUUGUGUGCAGGCACAAUUGUUUAUGGUCAAGCCAAGCCAGUGGCACUGGAUGAGUGUAUACGUCACGUAAGACCAGGUCAGUAUAAUGGCCAAGUAACACCAUCUCAUAGUCAAGAUAGGUAG